AUGGCUGCCGUGGAGGACGAUGAGCCAAAUUCCAACUCGGCCGGAGAGGACUUUGUUUCCUCGAGGCCAGCCAAAAAGAGACGCCACGACACGGCGCUCACUGAAGCUGCUGAUCCCGACGGGCCUGCAUGUCAAUCGUGUCGCAGAAAGAAGGCCAAGUGCACUAGGCGUCAGCCUUGUUCCGCCUGUGUUCGUUAUAACGUUGAGUGCCUCUACGAUGACCGAAAGAACAAGCCGGGCCUGAGGACUGGCGCCGUUGAGAACCUCAGCCAACGCGUCGCCACGUUGGAAUCCAUGUUUCUCGGCCAGGGAGUUCUCUGGCAGCAGGUUUUCAACCAGCUUAGCUCGCUCACCAGCCAAGAAGAUUCGAGCCCAGGUCGAUCGUCCAAAGAUUCUGGCUUGUCGCUCCAGGAAUGCGCCUCACAUUUGAAAUCGACACUGUCUACCCUGGCAGAGUCCGGCCCUGUCGCCAGAUCUGCUGAGCUCGAUUCGUCACAGUGGCCAGAAUUCCUCCAGAACACAGACACUCGCCCAACGCGACCCAGCGGCGACGCCUGCAAGCGCUGUUUGGCCCUCCCAUACCAGGACUCCGCUUCGUUGCCUCCAACAGAUCUGGUGGAUUCCCUGGUUGAUAUCUAUUUCGCGAACCUGCACCCCUGGAUACCCAUGCUUCAUGUUCGUGAAUUUAGGGAGCGCAUGGCUGACGCUGCUGAGCGCCCUCGGCUGCGAAACAUUUUCCAGGCCAUUGUUUCGACUUGUGCUCGGUUUUCAGAUGAUGCACGUCUCGGUUCGCCGGAAACAAAGGCGCAAAUGACCAAGAGAUACCGACAGGCCGUCAUUGUGGAGAGCAUGGAGUCGUUUUCUGUAGAGAACCUACAAGCACUCAUCAUCUGCGCUUUCGAUACGAUUGGAAGCGGACGUGGUCCAUCAGCUUGGUCUAUCGUUGGCAGCAUGACACGAACAGUAGAACAACUCCAACUCAGUGUCGAAGAAGAUCAAACACCGCCCGCGAGAGCAUUGAUUAAACGAAUUGCGUUUCUGAAGCCAUGCAAGACUUGGGUCGAACUGGAGGAACGACGGCGUGUCUUCUGGAAUACAUUUCUUCUGGACCGCUUUUGUAGCAUCGCAACCGGCUGGAACUUCUCCUUAACAAGUGCCGACGUCAAGAGAAGGCUUCCAUGUGAGGGCGCACUUUGGGAAGCAGGCCAUCCUCUGCAGACACCAACACCGUAUUUCGGAGUUGCCGACCCUUCAAGUGGUACAAAUGGGCCAUUACCAGCUGCUCGCCCCGAAGGCGAAGCCCAGGAUUCGAUAGGAGGGUUUGCUUACUGUAUCGAGGCAACAGAGAGCUUGAGCCUCGUCACAUCAUUCUUUCUACAACAAGCAGUCGAUGUGACAAAGCCACAAGAGGUGCAGAUGUGGCUGCUCAAGUUCAAGCAGCUUGACUUGCGCCUUGUUCAGUAG